AUGACAGCAGACAAGUUCUCGGCGUUGCGAAAGGAACUGGUCAAGGGACGUCUGCUAGUCCCUGGAGACGAUGGAUAUGAAGCUAGCCUCCAGCGAUGGAGUCUUACCUGUGUCAAACCAGCUGCAGCAGUAGCUCAGCCCACAACCGCCGAGGAAGCGAGCGCAGUCGUCAAAUUCGCAACGGCCAAUGGCAUCAAAUUCAAUGUCAAGGGCGGCGGCCACAGCACCUCGCAAUCCUCCAGCGCCCCCUCCCCCGAGGGCAUAGUCCUAGACUUGGCUCUUAUGAGGGACGUCUCGGUAGAUGCAGCCGCCCAGACCGUCUCAUUUGGAGGAGGCUGUCUUUGGGAAGACGUUGAUGAUGCCCUUUGGCCCCACGGAUUGGCGACCGUUGGAGGCACCGUCUCGCACACGGGUGUUGGCGGACUGAUUCUGCACGGAGGAUAUGGCGUCUUGUCCGGCCUCCACGGGCUGGCUAUCGACCAGCUGAUCUCUUGCCAAGUUGUGCUAGCAGACGGGAGCAUCGUUACCGCAUCUCAAUCCGAGAACCCCGACCUCUUCUGGGCUCUACGGGGUGCCGGCAGCAGCUUUGGUGUUGUGACUCAGUUCACCAGCAGAGCAUUUCCACAGGGUGAGAUCUGGGGUGGCCUCGUCAUCUUGGCCAAAGACAAGCUCCCUGCCGUGGUCGAUUUCCUCAACAAGUGGGAGGAAACCAAUGAUGGGAACCAGGUCUUCAUCGCCGGCUUCACCCAUGCCCCUCCAGGCCCGGAUCCAGAGGGCCCUCGUCCCCUGGUGACCAUCGUGCAGAUGGCCCACGUUGGACCCAAUGCCGUCGAGGAUGGACCCAAAUACUUUGCCCCAGUGUUGGAGCUCGAUGCGCUCACGAAGCAGACUGGGCCUAUGCCCUAUCCCUCGGUCAACAAGAGCGGAGACGCCAUGUUUGCUGCAGGUGGCCGAUACAUGUUUGGUGGCAGCAACUUCACCCUCCCUCUCAAGUUGUCAACGGCUGAGGCAAUCCGCGAUCGUUUCGAGGCCUUCAUCGACGAGAACCCCAGCGCCAAGGGUAGCAUGGUAGUCCUCGAAUGCACUCCCCACGGCAAGAUUCGAUCCGUCCCCAUCGAGUCAACAGCCUUUAACUCGCGAGGCAACUACUACAACAUCGGCAUCGUGUGGAAGUGGGAGGAUGAAAGUCUGGACAAGAAGAUCCGCGCGUUCAACCGCGAAUACCAGAAGGCGGCCCGUGACCUUGGCUACAACGACGCCAGCCUCAAGGACGGCGUGGGAAACUACAUCAACUACGUUAGUACUGACGCUGUCUCGGCAGAGAAUGCAUUCGGGACAAAUGCUAGACGGCUGAGGGCGCUGAAGAAGCAAUAUGAUGCCGAUAACGUCUUUGACAAGCUGUGGAAGCUGUUGGGAGAGGUUGAGGAGCAAUGGGUGGCCUAG